AUGGGCAAGCGGCGGGCGGAGAGAAAGCCCGGCAAGAGCCGGGCCGCCAGCGGCGAUGGCACCAGCGCCAGGAAGAAGAAGAAGCCGCAGCGAUCGGUCGCGGAGGAUGAUUUCUUCGACGGCGCUAGCAGCGAGGAAGAGAAUGCCGCGCGGGAGGAGGAGGUAGCCGCCGACGAUGGCGAGGAUCUGGAGGAGACUGUGCACGAGAAGAAGGUACGCCUUGCCAAGGCCUAUCUUGAGAAGCUCAAGGCCAAGGCGGCCGAGGAAGAGGAGGAUCAAGGCGAUGAGGAGGUUGGGGAGGAUGAAAGACAGGGGAGGAGGGACUCGGUUGUUGCGGAUUUGCUGCGCCAGGAGCAGCUAGAGGAGAGUGGGAAAAUCCAGAGGAAGAUCGCUUCCAGAUUGUUGCUGCCAGAGGUUCCAAGCGAAGGAAACUUGUUGAUCCGGAAGCACAGGCUCUCAGUCACGGCUCUAGCUCUCACCGAAGACGAAAAGUGGGGAUUUUCUGGCUCCAAAGAUGGACUUCUGCUGCAAUGGGACGUCGAGACUGGCAAGUGUUUUCGCUACGAGCGACCAAAACCUGAGAAAUCAGCGGAAGCUGGCAAGAAGCCCAGCAGCAGCCGAAUCCUUGCGCUCGCGGUAGAUUCCAGCGGAAGAUAUCUCGCCAGCGGAGGACCCGAUAGAUCAGUGCACUUGUGGGACGUGAGAACUCAAGCACACAUACAAGCGUUUCCAGGACACAGGGGUGCUAUCACUUCCUUAGCAUUUAGACAAGGAACGACACAACUCUUCUCCGGCUCCUCUGAUCGAACUUUAAAGCUCUGGAGUGCCGAGGACAGAUCGUACAUGGACACUCUUUUUGGUCACCAAUCCGAGCUUGUGUCCGUCGACUGCUUAAGGCAAGAGCGUGUUCUUUCGGCUGGACGGGACCGGACUCUCAGGCUUUGGAAGGUUCCUGAAGAAACGCAGCUCGUCUUUAGAGGCUAUACGGCAUCGAUCGAGUCGUGCUGCUGUAUAACAAACGGAGAGUUUUUGUCUGGUGCUGACGAUGGCUCCGUCGCGCUCUGGAGUGCAGUGAGGAAGAAGCCCGUGUAUAUAGCCAAAAGUGCGCAUGGGCCAAAGGUGGAAGAACACAGGAACGGUGAAACAUCGCUACCAGCGUCGUGUGGAGCAAUUGAGGCAUGGGUCGGGGCAGUGGCUACUUGCCGAGGUAGCGAUCUAGUAGCAAGUGGAGCUGGAGACGGCAAAAUCCAACUUUGGUCUGUAGAAGAUGGGAAUAAAAGUCUCAAGCCUCUUCAUACUCUACCAGCCAAAGGAUUUGUUAAUGCGCUAGCGUUCGCUCGUAGCGGGCGCUUCCUACUAGCAGGAGUUGGCCAAGAACCUCGCCUGGGAAGAUGGGCUCGAAACUCUCAGGCCAAGAACGGCGUUCUAGUUCACAAGCUAGAGCUAGCAUCAUUGUAGAGGUACUGUACUCGACUCGGCUCAAAAUACACUGAAGUUUUGGACAA